CAUUAAAAUACAUGCACCUUGUUACGGAAUAAAAAUCAAGAAAUACUCUGUACUACAUGAUAGUUUGUUUUGUUUUCACAGGUAACUUAUAAGAGGGAUAUAAAAGGAGGGACUACAUUCUGCCACUCUGUAUUGCAUUCAAAUUGGCGGACAUCCCUUCAAAUUGGCGGAUGACUCAAUAGGGCAUAUUCUCGGAAUUCUAAUGUCCUCUGCCAUUUAUCAUCUUCUUGUAUUUGAUUAGCGAUUCUUGCCUCUCUAACCUCAUUUCUUCGUUGAACUUCUUUAUGAAUGCCUCCACUCGCUGGGUCAGCUCAUCCUGACCCAACGAGGACUCUCUUUUCAAUUUCCCUGACUUCGACCGGGGACUCGGGGAUGACUUGCAAACGUCUCCGUUCCCCGGUGAACGGUCAUUAUUGAACGUUUCAGACUUUGUUAGUCCUUGUAGGUAAAAAAAACAUUUAUAAGUUUUAAACAAACUAUCACUCCAUAUAGAAUAUCGUAACUCUUGACAAAAAUCUCUCAUAUAGGCUAUAAAACAAUUCUUUACCCAGACAUUUGUAAUUUAAAUACCUUAAAAAGCUUAGAAUAAUUCACAUUCGCUUUAUAGUUUGAAGACAUUUUUAUAGUGGUAAUAAUAAUAUCCUUAAACCACAACUAAAUCACACAUCAACAUAAGAGGAAUGAUGUUUUUAUUUGGGCUAUAAUCUAUCCCAAAUUAGAACAUACCGGAAUAGAUCAGACCAGACUUGGAUAAUUAUAAAAUAAAAAGAAAUCAAAUAUUACUAGAUCAAACCAGUUCAGACUAGACCGAACCAAACAAAAUCAGAUCAGACCAGCAAAUUACAGUUCAAGUAAAAACAUCACAUAACACUUUUAAAAACAAUAUCACAUUCAAAAUGUAACCUUUCAAGACUAUAACUUUCCAAAAAUAUAAAAUCCGGUUUCCAAAAAUAUAACUUCCCGAAAUGUAACUCUUAAAAGAAAUUGAAAAGCAAGGGGAAAGAAAGCAAUUGAUUUGGCAAUUGAGCAUUCCUUCCUCAAAUAGAGUUAUAGAGAUCUACGUACCCUGACCGACCCUACGUUGGAGUAUAUAUAUAUAUACACCGCUUCGUCUUCAAUAUUCUCAUCGUUCUCUUCUUCUGAUUACAAUUACAAUUAACUCAUGGCGUUAACUCCAAUUAUAAUUGGUGAAAAAGACAAGCAUGGUAGGAGAAGGAGAAAGCAUGAUUUGUGGGGGGAAAGCGGAGGAGUUUACAUCCCUCCUUUUAAGCUGGCUAGGAUGAUGGAGGAUGCAGAGGACAAAAGCUCAGUGGAAUCCCAAAGGAUGGCGUGGGAUGCUCUUAGGAAGAGUAUAAACGGGGUGGUUAAUAAAGUGACCGCAACAAAUAUCAAGAACAUAAUUCCAGAACUGUUCGUUGAGAAUCUGAUUCGUGGAAGGGGCCUGUUUUGCCGCUCUUGUAUCAGGUCCCAAAUGGCUUCUCCUGGGCUUACUGAUGUUUUUGCAGCAUUGGCUGCUGUUGUUAACACCAAGUUUCCAGAGGUGGGGGAUCUUCUUUUGAGGAGGAUUAUUUUGCAAAUUCAAAGAGCCUUCAAACGCAAUGAUAAACCCAGAUUGUUGGCAGCUGUUAAAUUCCUUGCUCAUCUUGUGAACCAGCAAGUAGUUCAUGAGGUAAUUGCUCUUGAACUUGUUUCAGUUUUGCUUGAAAACCCCUCAGUUGACAGUGUUGAAGUUGCAGUUGGUUUUGUUACUGAGUGUGGAUCUAUUCUCCAAAACUUGACUCCACAUGGAUUGUAUGGUAUUUUCGAGCGGUUUCGUGGGAUUCUUCAUGAAGGAGAGAUCCAUAAAAGAGUUCAGUUCCUGAUUGAAGGCCUCUUUGCAAUACGUAAAUCAAAGUUUCAGGGUUAUCCUGCUGUUCGUCCGGAGCUCGAUUUGGUAGAGCAGGAGGAUCAGGUGACCCAUGAAAUAUCUCUUCAGGAUGCCAUAGAAGACCAAGAUGCACUGAAUAUUUUCAAGCCUCAUCCCAAUUACUUAGAAAACGAAAAGAAGUAUGAAGACUUGAAAAGGGCAAUACUGGGUGAUGAAUCUGAGGGAGAAGGGGAUUCUGAUGCUGACUCUGCAGAUGAAGAUGAAGAGGAUGAAGACCAUGAAGAACAAAUGAAAAUUACUGACCUGACGGGAACAAACUUGGUCAACCUUCGAAGAACAAUCUAUCUCACAAUUAUGUCGAGUGUAGGCUUUGAGGAAGCAGGUCAUAAACUGUUGCAGAUUAAAUUUGAGCCUGGUCAAGAGAUGGAAUUAUGCAUAAUGAUUCUAGAGUGCUGCAGCCAGGAGAGAACCUACCGCUCUUACUAUGGGCUUUUGGGUCAGCGUUUUUGUAUGAUCAACAAGAUUUACCAGGAGAACUUUGAAAAGUGCUUUGUGCAACAGUACUCAACGGUUCAUCGGUUGGAAACCAAUAAACUGACAAAUGUUGCCCAGUUCUUUGCCCACUUGCUUGGAACAGAUGCUCUGCCUUGGCAUGUUCUGGCUUACAUUCGACUCACAGAAGAAUAUACCACCUCCUCUUCCCGCAUCUUCAUCAAAAUUCUCUUUCAAGAAUUAUAUGAACAUCUUGGGAUUCGGCUUUUGAAAGAACGCCUGAAUGACCAAACAAUGCAAGAGUCCUUUGCCUCUAUUUUUCCAAGGGACAACCGGAAUAACGCAAGGUUUGCAAUUAAUUUUUUCACUUCCAUCGGCCUGGGUGGGAUCACUGAGAAGGCUUUGAUACUAGAUUAGUAUGAUACUAUGAUGAUGGAUUUCAUUACUGUGCUCUAGCUUGUUGUUAGUUAAAAGUUGCCUGACUAAUAAAUACUUUGUUAGUUAAGAAUUGCACUAUUAUUACUUCGUAUUAAUCAACACUCCAGAUAUUGAACACUAUCAAUUUUACAUACACCUGUUUCGCUUUCAACACUCCAGGAUUCCAG